UCAGUGUGACGCAGGAAGACAGCGUUCUCCACACCGCUAGACGGCGCACUUUUUCCUGUUAGAUAAACAGUUCAUGAAGGAGCAGCAAAAACAAAACAAACACACCCCCUGAAAAAUCGCGGGACCAGCGGUUUUACAGUGCGAUUCUGGACGAAAUUCAGCCGAUUCGAGCUGAUCCGUCGUACCGUCGUAGAGGCGAUGAAGAGCGUAUUCAUGCGGAGGAAACGCGUAACGGCGUCUGUGUCACGUAUCGACCGCGCAAAGACGCGCAUGAACGCGAUCGAGCAGAUGCUCGAGGACAGCGACGAAGGGUCGUACUGCAGCACGACGAGCAGCGACGACUCCGGGAGUGAGUACAAGGAGUCUGACGACGCCUCAGGGAGCUCGGACGACGACUCGGAUGAUUCUCCUGCGCACAAACGAUUGGAUAAGAGAGACGACGACAGCGGCGGGACGGACGAGGAGAAGUGCGCCGUGUCACGACGACGUCGUAAGCGGUCGGCCAGCGCGAGCAUCUUGGACGACGACGACGGCUCGUGCGACUCCUCCGACAGCGAAAUCGGAACUGAACCUGUCAGGAAAGCAUCGGGGAAAAAACGACUUAGGCUUUCCGACUCCGAGGGCGAAACUGUUAAGGACGAUGAAGUGGAGGCCAAAGAAGCUGCUGCCAAGAGGAGAGUCAGGAAAAAGAAACUGAUGGAGCUGUUGAAAAAGAGAAAGUCAGGCACGCCACUGCGCAGGCGCAGAACCCUGGAAACGGAAGAGGUCAAAGUUGCAGAAAAAGAACCUGAAGGCGAAGGAGAAGCAAAAACCUCCGAAGAUGAGUCUAGCGAAGAGGAACCUGUCCGCUUGGUAGACAGCAGCGAAGAAGAAAAAGAGGCCGACACCGACAGCCUGAAAGACUUCAUUGUAGAGGAUGAAGAGCAGAAAGAGGGAAAGGAAGAGGAGGAAGGGGUUGAAACAGAUGAAAAGAGCUUCCGGUCUCACCUUCCACGCGAGUUCAUCACCGGAUCUCAGUUCACACACUUUCAGCUGGUGGUCAAAGCCUUGUUGAUCAACGCACUGGACACGUCCUUCCUCAAAUCACUCUAUGAUGGAGAGCGGACAAAGCGCUAUGCCGAAGAGAUGAAAUCGUCAUUGCGUCACUUUGACGAGCGACUUGUGCUCCCAAGGCUGGAAAAUCUAAAGCAGAGGAGCCGCUGGAAAGACCGCUACAAAGAGCGAGUUGAGUGUUAUCCCAAAGUGAGAGUUAGUACGGUGAACAUCCGCAAUAAGGGCUGCGAAGCGUGCGAGCUCCACCGAAACGGUCGCUUCUGUGUGCGUCUGUCCGGGCAGCUGUAUCACAACAACACAAUGCAGGAGGACCAGUUCAUGCCUGAUGACUCGCAGAUGUUCUUUGUCGGCUCGGUCUGUGCCAGCCGGACUGAGGUGUACCACGCGCUUAAACAUUACAAGUACCAUCUGUUUGUGCGCUGUCGCACUGCUCUCGAAGAUCAGAAAGAGGCGGAGCAACAGACACAGAAAGGAGACCAAGAUGAGCCAGUGAAGGAGACAGUAACGAAAGUGUUCAACAAGCUGAUGGAUGAAGGCUGGAUUACUGAGCAAUUUGACGAAUUUCAGGAACGCCUCAACGCUGCAGAUUUCUUCCAAGAAGAGAAGCUGGACUGAAGCGGACGAGUUGUUUUAGACAGUACAUGUGAAAAGUUUGCAUUAUUUAACAGCAAAGACAUAAUCAUUACUAAAUCAGUCUGAUCUCAAGUUUCUUUUUAUAUACACAUGGUUACUUCUUACUUUACCGAAUGCUUUUUUUAUUUUCCUUUUUAAAUCACAGACUUUCUUUUAAGCUUGUUAACUCGAGCUUGUAAUAUUUUAAAAAAAAAAUUCUUAAUGCUCAUAACUUUUUUUGUUGUUGAAAAAAUGACAAAAGAAAAAGCGAAUAAACCUAUCCUGUAAAUAUC